AUGGCACUUAGAAGCAUGACUUCCCCACAGGCCGGCCAGAGGAGCGACCCCUUUGCGGUGUAUGAGAACUGCCCAGGGGCGAAGGAGCUUGCACCGUGGCUUGACGCGAUCAUCGGUGUCAACUCUAGCAGCAGAAGCACUCGAAGCGCCGCUCCAGGCCCUGCCAUCAAUGCGACGCCGGCGAGCUGCAGGAGGGCGGAGUGGGAGCAACCUUCCGAGGUUAUACAGGACGCGGUGGCCACGGGCCUCGGUUUGUUCGCCUUAGAUCCUGUUCUCGUGGAGGCGCGGGAAACACUGCAGCCGGAGCGCGUCAACUUCGUUCAGCCAUCACCCGAACAACCCCGACGCGCGCCGACCCCUCCGGCCCGCCCACCUGCUGUGGAACCCCUUCAAGGGGCCAUUGCCCUCUUAACCGAAGAGGCCGACAGCAUGCUGGGGUUCACGUUUUUGAAGCAGGAGCGACAAUCCGACAACGUCCGCAUGGGCUUUCACAUACUGAGGGGACGCCAGCCCCAGCUCUUCAGUACGUUCACGUCGGGCAUAAUCGACAUGGCCACCAGUCUAACUGCUGGUGCCAGUAUUGUCCCUUCGCACCCUGUGGCCGCCGACACCGUAGCCCUCGCCAUCAUCAAGUUGGCAAGGUUUGUGGCGAGCACUGCAGAGGAGGGGAUAGCGGAUGGCGCCCGCGAUCUGCUCGCCCUGGUGUGCCUGCUCAUGGCCCAAACGUUAGAGGCUAAUGGGUCGGACAGUUCGGACAGUCUCCUCGCUGCGAUGCUGGCUGUGAGCAAGGUCAAGCUUAAGGACAAGGUGUGCGCCAGCCUCAAGUGGGCGCUGUACGCCGUGACGCCUACGACGUUUGGUCACCUGUUCCUUGCCCGUGCGUUGUCGGAGGGCGCUCUCACCGGAGGGCAUUCUGAACUUGGUUACCUGUCGGAGUUCAAGCCGUCGGAGUUGGCUGCCGUCGGAGUUGGCUGCCGUCGGAGUUGGCUGCCGUCGGAGUUGGCUGCCGCCGCCAUCUUCUGCGCCGUGCUCCGUGAAUUCGAUUUUCAAGCAGCUCGACAGGUGACCGAAGUUGCAAGGAGUGGUGUUGUCGACUUGGAAAGCUCGAGAGGGACUGACGCAGGGCAGCGGUACAUCGAUGAAGCCGCCGAUAAGGCUAAGGGAGGCGGAGCGGCAUACGGUUGCAACGGCUCUGACACCGAGGGUCCCACGCCGCCGUCUACAAGAGAGCCGGGAGAGGCUCAUGAGGGGUUCUUUGCAGAUGACCAGCUGGUCAGCCGGUCCGUCUCCAGGAGCGGAAACACCUCGUCGUCCGACCGACAAGAUAAAGAUAAGCCAGAGAACGGUUCCGGGAAAAGCACAACGUCCUCGAUCCGCAGCAUCAUCGGGGAACGGACUCCGUGUACGACUGGUCGGAUGACGGCACCGUCCCGCGAGUUCGCCAGGGCUUCGCGCUUCUCUCCGAUGUUGUUGGAUGACCGCUACACCACGGCAAUGAGCGCCGGUGCCUUGCCCUCUCCUUCCGAGCACACUCUCGGGGUCUUGGGCCACGCUCGCGGUAACGACGUCGAUACCUCAGUAGUCACGCCACCCAGCGCGUCCUUCGCCACCUUUACUAACGGAAACACCCAACCGGCGGCAGCGUGUGUAUCACCAUCUCAUGGGCAAGAAGAAUCUGACCCACCGGGAGAAACGGCCAGAAUGACAUGGGCACGCCACCCAGCGCGGGCUUCGCCACCUUUAUUUACAACAGGAAGCACCCAGCCGGCGGCAGCGCGUAUAUCACCAUCUCAUGGGCAAGCAGAACCUGACCCACCGGGAGCAACGGCCAGAAUGACAUGGGUGGGACUCGAUGAAGGCCCCCUCGAGAUCAUCGGUGGCGAUGAUGGCGGUAGCGAUGACAUUUCGGACGACAAUGAUGCCCUCCGUCUGCCUCAGGUGGAUGUGAUGCCCCGAAACAACAGCAUCAACGAGGUUGCGGAGUGGGGUGUUGGUGUAGAAAUGACGAUGGAAGAAGCGGGAGAGUUGUUGCUGCAACAGAGACCUCACCUGGUACCGGCACCGGCGAUGGUCGAUGGCGGACAUAUUCACCUUGCGCCCGGCCUUUCUCACGUGGAGCCCCGCGAUGGUGACAUCGAGAUGAGGUGGGAGCGCGCCGCCAUGCGAAGGCUGGAUGACGGCGUCAAGGCGUUCCAGCGGCAAGAAAAAAAGCAGGGCGUUGCACCGCUGGUUUUCUGCGGGGGAGGUGGUGUGCUUCUGCCCGCGGUCCCACCCGCGGAGGUCGACGCACGCACAAGCCCCCCUGCUGUCGACAGCAACAGCACCGAUGAUACUAUCGAGUGGGAGCAUGAGGUCGAACCCCAACUUGAGGAAGCCGGUAAGCUCUUGCGGCAGCAGAACCUUCGCCUAGUGACGGCGGUAGCCGUGGGCAGCUGCACACUUCUGCGGCCGGGGAACGUAUACCCGCCGCUUUUCCACGCCAACGGCAACCAGGAUGAUGCCACGGCUUCGCAGCACACCACCGCCAUCGCCUUGCUCGGGCCGGAUGUGUUCGCGGGCGCGUUCCAGUCCUAG